AUGUCGAAGAACAAUCCUCUGCGCGAGCUCCUGCCUAGGGAAAAGGGAUGGAGCAUGCGGUAUCUGGAAACGGACUUGUUGACAAAACAUCGGCGAGUUUCUCUGGCCUGUACCGAGUGUCAGAAAAGAAAGUCUAAGUGCUCUGGUACGAACCCUUGCACGACAUGUAUGACUGAAAGUCGCCAAUGCUUGUAUGAUCCAGCCCGUGACCGGAGACGUAAAGCUCAUACCGCCGAGCUGUUAAACUUCCGUGUCGCCCUUAGCCGAACGGCUGCCAAACUGCGUUCUGGAACGCCGGAGGAGAUAUCGUCGUUGAUUCAAGAGAUUCGAAACCUGCCGACAGAUCAAGACGCCGUCAAUUAUCUUGUUCACGGAUCUCCAGCGAUCUGA